AAAGGCAAAGCCAGAUCAUGAAUACGUGAAAGAUAGUAUGUUGAGGACAUUCUCUGCAAGGCGAGAUUGGAUUUCGAAAGAAAUUCCGUCCAUCGAAGACAUUACAGAUAGGUACCCAGCAUUGAUGCUGGCGACGAUCGCUCGGAACGAGUUUCAAACCCAGACGGGAGUUUCUCUGCCAGAGAAACUUCAAGAGGUUCUCACCCCAGCAUCUAGAAAGAUUAUCGAGGUGGCCAGAAAGAAGCGCCACCUGAAGCACUUCUUUUGCACCUUUGACGAGGCAGCAAGUGCCGCACAGCCUCCCCACAAAGACCUCGAGCUCACCGCCUCAAUUUGCGUCUUACCAAGCCUUGUGAAAGAGAGGAUGGAGGCUUUCAUUUCCCCCUAUUGCCCUGAUACUUCAUACUCGGUGCCCACGGUAACAUUUGAGGGCACUAGCCUGCUUGAAUCGACUGGCCUCAAGGUACAGGUGGAGAAUGUCUCCAUCGCUGAAGACAACCUGCUCUACGCUCUGGCAACUACGAUUGCCCUCUACUGGGCCUUCGAUAUCGUAUUUCCUUUGAAAGCGCAAAGAACUUUUGAUUUGUUUUGCAGACUGCUAGGAGUGUCUAGCGGUGUGCAGCCAACACCUAUAGUGCGUGUGGCACAGACACUGCUGCAGUAA